UUCCAGUGCGCAUGCAGUAUGGUGCCGCGAAUCAAACUAUCGCAUACUGCUGUGUUAGUGUGGGUCCUUGUGGCAGUUUUCUACGCUCAGAUUAGCGUCGCCCAGGAUGACUUUUUGGCCAAGGACUUCAACGACGACGAGUGCGGCAAACGGCUGGCCCAACGAGAAGGGCUGGUAAAGGGAGGCUACCCGACGCGGCCAGGAGAUUGGCCUUGGCAUGUGGCGCUGUACCAGCGCGGUGUGAACAGUGCCGGGUUCGAGUAUGCGUGCGGUGGUAGCAUCGUGCACAAAUUUCUCGUGCUGACGGCUGCCCACUGCGUCACGUACGCAGCUAGCCGGCGCAAGAUUCCGACCGAGGAUCUGCUGCUGAAGCUGGGCCGGUUCAACCUGUCGAACGAGGUGGAAGAGCACGCGGAGGAGUUCAACGUGAUCGAAACGGUCGUGCACGUCGGGUUCCGGCCGACCACGUUCGAGAAUGAUAUAGCGAUUCUGCGCGUCGAAGUGCCGAUCAUCUUCAACGACUUCAUACAGCCGGCCUGUCUGUGGAAGCGCGAUGACGGCUUCGUGCUGCCCAAUGUCCAGGAUCAGACCGGCACGGUUGUGGGGUGGGGUCUGACGGACGGCAAUGUGCAUGGGUCGGUGUUGAACGAGGCUCGCAUGCCCGUGGUUGACUCGCUGACGUGCCUCGCCAGUGAUCGCGCGUUCUUCGGGCAACUCCUCUACGCUAAGGCGUACUGCGCAGGAUUUAAAAACGGCACUGGCGUCUGCAAUGGCGAUAGCGGAGGGGGAAUGUAUUUCCAGUUUCAAAACCGAUGGUACUUGAAGGGGCUGGUGUCUUUCAGCAACACGAUCAGCACGACUGGAAUAUGCAAUUUGAAAGAGUACAUUGGGUUCACCGAUGCGUCACAGUACAUCGAUUGGCUUUACGAGAACACGCCCAACAGUGGAAUCGACGAUCCGAUCCUGGGCCAUCCAAACAUACGCCUCAUUAAUCAAGGAAACUGCGGUCGAAACAAGCAGGUCUACGGGUACGCCGAAGAGCGCAAACCCGUUUUCAACCAGUAUCCGUGGAUGGUGGCGAUCCGGCAUCCUUUCGUUGAUUCCGAGUACGUGCCGUGCAAUGGUGUCCUGCUGAACCGAAACUACAUUCUAACAACCACCUGUGUUGAUUUGCAGGACGAAAUAAGCGUAACUCUAGGUGAUUACGACACGAGCAAAACCAAGGACUGCGCCACGGUGGAUGGUCAAGAGGCGUGCCGUUCUGCGUCCCAAACCGUGUCCGUUGGGCAGCUAUUCCGGAAGGAUAACCUGAUUCUAGCACGGCUCACCAUUCCGGCCGUCAUCGGUCGCCGGGAUCACAUCGAGGCCAUCUGUCUUCCGGUGACACCGGAACAGCGCAACCGCCUCUACAACAAGUACAUCAUGACGGGCUGGAAGGAGAGCGGGACGGACGCCCGUAUCCUACAACGCGCCGUUCUCGAUACCAUCGAUCUGAACACUUGUCGGGCCGAGUUUCAGGCCUACGAGUACGCUUCCGAAGCAUCAAAGCAGAUGGACGAGCGCACCAUUUGUGCUCGAAAUUUGGAAGAUCCGACGCGAUCACCACGAUGCAACGACUACCAGCCCGGAUCAGCCAUACAGGCUAUCGAGAAAAAGUCGAACCGGUACUUGCUCUACGGACUGCAGACGGACAUCGGGUAUUGCUCGAAACCAGAGCAGUACAUUGCCAUCAGCAAGUAUUUGCAGUGGAUCCUGGACAACAUCCGUGGAUGAGGAUGCAUUUUGCUCAUAGAUGGUAUGAUAUAUCGUUUGCAUUAAAAAAAUAGACAUAUUUCAACGACUUUUUAUGCAAAAACGGAAAACGCUAACAACUUUCUGUUGAAAGCAAAAUAAAGAGUAGCAUUUCAUUUUUAGAACAA